CAGAUGUCAACGGCGGGCCGGCUACUGUCACUCUUCCUUCUCUCCGGCAAGUAGAAAUCAUGGCGACAGGCACGCUUUAUACCUACCCAGAAAAUUUCCGUGCGUACAAGGCACUCAUCGCUGCCCAGUACUCUGGAGCUCAGGUGAAAGUAGCCGAAAACUUCGUUUUCGGUGAGACCAACAAAUCUGCCGAAUUUCUGAAGAAGUUCCCUAGUGGCAAGGUGCCUGCUUUCGAAACCGCUGAAGGCAAGUACUUGUCCGAGUCGAAUGCCAUAGCUUUCUAUGUAGCUAAUGAACAGUUGCGCGGUGGUAAAUGCCCAUUGGCUCAGGCUGAAGUCUUACAGUGGUUAUCUUAUGCUGACAAUGAGAUUGUUCCAGCAUCCUGUUCAUGGGUCUUCCCCUUGUUGGGCAUUAUGCCACAACAGAAGAACAGUACCGCCAAACAAGACGCCACCGCUAUUCUGAGUGUGUUGAACAACAAGCUGUUAAAUAGCACGUUCUUGGUCGGUGAACGUAUCACACUAGCUGACAUUGUCGUCUUUAGCAGCCUUUUGCACUUGUAUCAGUAUGUUUUGGAACCGAAAGUACGCGCUGAAUUCGGUAAUGUAAACCGUUGGUUCGUAACUAUCCUCAAUCAACCACAAGUAAAGGCUGUCGUAAAGAACUACACUUUGUGUGAGACAGCGCUUGUAUUCGAUCCAAAAAAAUAUGCUGAAUUCAUUGGUAAAACUGGCGGUGCUAGCGAUAAGAAACAACAAGCUAAAGCGAAGGAAGAGAAGAAGCCGAAAGAAGAAAAGAAGAAGGAGGAAAAACCCAAGGAAGAAUUAGAUGCUGCUGAGGAAGCACUUCUGGCUGAACCCAAGUCCAAGGAUCCCUUCGAUGCAAUGCCAAAAGGAACCUUCAACUUCGAUGACUUCAAACGUUCUUACUCCAACGAGGAUGAGUCUGUAUCCAUUCCUUAUUUCUGGCAAAAAUUCGAUCCGGAAAACUAUUCCAUCUGGUUCGGAGAAUAUAAAUACAACGAUGAGCUGAGCAAGGUAUUCAUGUCAUGCAAUCUCAUCACUGGUAUGUUCCAACGUUUGGAUAAAAUGCGUAAGCAAGCUUUUGCUUCAGUGUGUCUCUUUGGCGAGGACAACAACAGCACCAUCUCAGGAGUUUGGGUGUGGCGCGGCCAAGAUUUGGCCUUCACUCUUUCACCCGACUGGCAAAUCGACUACGACUGCUACUCGUGGAAGAAACUUGACGCCAGCUCCGAAGAAACCAAAAAGUUGGUGCAACAGUACUUCUCAUGGACUGGUACAGAUAAGGAUGGCCGCAAAUUCAACCAGGGCAAAAUCUUCAAAUAAGUGGAUGAACACAUCAUACGUAGUUGAGAUUUGAGCAUCAAUAAGUAGUUAUCGUCUCACCAAAUGUGUCCUAAUUUAAAGUUAACCGACUAAACCCUAUCAGCCAUCCUGAAAAUAAAUUUAUAAGCUCACGAAAA